AUGCUGCAAGCAUCUUUCACUCCUUCACCCAAACCAGAGUCAUUGACUGCGAAUCGACAAUCACCUGCUGCUGCUUGGAUACAACGAUUGAACGCACCGAGAUCAACGAGUUAUGAUGGAGGUAUUGACAUUGGAUUGUCUGAAGAAGGGAUUGCAGCCUUAGGCUAUGGAGUUGAUCAGAAUGGAGCAGGGCCUUCCAGUAAUUCAGACUUGAGAAGAGCGACCAGUCUCAGAACGGCAGGAGUCUUCGGUGGUAGAGAACCUGUCAGUUUCGGUAUUGCAGCUUCGAAUCUUACUUCAACUUCUCCUCAAGUUUUCUCACCACCAUUAGCAUCAAGACAUCCAUUAUUUUCCCACCAUGCUGUACAAGCUCCAGCUUCAACCGGUGGUAUACCUUCGGCGCAUUCAUCAGAAAUAGCUCCUUCUUCUCCAGCUUUCAUGUCUGAUCCUGGACCUUCCGGACCUCCCUCACCUUCCCCUUCGGACUUAUCGUCCAGUGCAUUCUCUCCUGCAUCAGCUUUCCUGUCUCAUUUCUCAUCGUCAAUGUCCCUCCGUCCACCCCAGAACCUCGCACCGGACGCUCAGGGAGCAAGAGUAUCAGAUUAUACUUUGGGUAAAGUUAUAGGAAGAGGUGGAUUCUCUACUGUACGCAAAGCUACUCAUAUCACCACGGGCGAGGUGUUAGCCUGUAAGAUUGUUAAACGGGAUGAUCUAUCAGACAGAUCUGGAUCUCUGGAGAAAUUCGAAGAUGAAAUCAGGAUUUGGCAAACUUUACCUCGACAUCCGAGUCUACUCCCUCUGACUGAAAUGCAUAGAACACCCUUUGCAACCUUUCUCUUCACGCCAUAUAUGCCUGGUGGAUCUUUAUUAGAUGUCCUACAGAGAGAAGGUGGAUCAGACAAAACGGCUCGAAAAUGGUUUCCCGGUGUGGUAGCGGCAGUCCAAGUCCUACAUGAAGGGUAUAACGGAUUUGAAGGAGGUAUCUUACAUGGAGAUUUGAAAUUAGAUAACUUCUUGGUGGAUCACUCGGGGAAUGUUAUGGUGGCGGAUUUUUACAUGGCACAGAAGAUCGAAGGUAACUUAGCGGUACCAACUAUCCCACCACCACUGGCACCUGGCCUCAGUCCUAUGGGAAGACAUUCCACUUUGCCGUCUGGAUAUCAUAGAGGACCGAGAAUGCCAUCACCUCUUCCAUCAUCGAGAGCACAUCAUCGUCCAAACGAACACGCUUUGUCUGAAAGUAUUACUCCUCAUCCCACGCAGCCGUUCCCAUCAGCCUCCCUGCCCUAUGCUCCACCUGAAUUACUCUGCGCUCCCCCAGCCGGACCUUCCCUUGCUCAAGAUAUCUGGGCAUUGGGUAUCAUUCUGCACGCUCUGCUCACAGGUCGAUUACCCUUUGUCGACGCCUUCGAUCCUAGAUUACAAAUGAAGAUCCUCAGGGGGUCAUGGGAAGAACCCCCUUUUUUGGGAAGAGAAUGGUCUGAAUGUCUACAUGGUUGUUUAGAUGGAAACAAGGAGACACGCUGGACCGUCAAGAGAGUGAAAGAUAGUGAUGCCAUAUCAGGUUGGGCGGAAGUCAAAUCGAGAAGCAAAUCAAGGAGUCGCUCGAGAGCGAGAAUGAAUAUCGGAGAAAGUCUUUUCGACCCAUUACGGCGAGAUGGAAAUGCUCAACCUUUAUCUAUCAGUGGAUCACCGUUUGGUAGAGGUCGUACCAGAAAACAUUCGUCUGCCUCGUCAGGUUCUGCUUCGAGAGAUCGACUAUAUAAUCAUGCCAAACCCUUCCUCAAUGAAGAUCGACAUGAUAUUUUCAUUUCCAAUCCGGCUAAUCUACCUGAAAGAGCGAACAAUCCAAGAGAUCCCAGAUCCAGAUCUGCAAGUGCGUCGAGGUCCAGAAGCAGUGGGCAUCGACCAAUGUUCACUUUAGAUGCACCUGACUUAGUCAAGUCAUUAGAAGCUGUAGACACCAUUCGAGGAAGAACGACUCGACGAGGUGAAUCUAAUAGUAAUAACUUCUUUCAAAAUGGAAACAUCUCGGGAUUACCAUAUACCAGACAAUCUGGUGAAAUAGCUAUAACAGGAUUACCUAUACCCGGAUAUUCGAAAUCCAGAUCACAAUCACAUAGUAGAUCUAGGUUACAACCCCAGUCAGCACCUUCUUUCCCAACACCUUUUGGCUCAUUGUCAGCCACACAUUCUCACAUCCCUAUUCCCAUAGCUAUUCCAGCUUCACCUUCAUCGAGGGAUCUAUCAACUUCUCGAUCAUCACGAUCAAGCCACUCGCCAUCUGUAAACAGGGGAGGAAGAAGUACAAGUAGAACGAGGGAUUCUCCAGUUUGGGAAACUCAAAGUCAUCAGUUGCAGCAACAACACGAACGGUACUCGUAUGGAAGAGAGUUGGAUAUGGUUCACGAAGAAAAGGGCAGAAUAAUCCAUCAAGAAGAAAGAGGUAGAUCAGGUAGAAGUAGAUCUAGAGGAAGAUCGACGAGAGGUCAAUCUUGA